AGGUGUGUGCAUGUGUGUGUGUAUGUGUGUAUGUGUGUGUAUGUGUGUGUGCAGCGCUGUGUGGAGAGCAAAUCGAGAUACAGUAGUAACCCAGAGUGAGGUGGCAGUCUUAUUCCACAUCGACACUGACUUGCCCUGCACACAUCCUAUCUGUCUCUUUAUCGUCUCAGACCGCACUUGGAGGAGUGAAAGAGGAGAGAGUCAAGAUGGCAUCUGGAAGUGGUCGUGGACAAUCCGGGAUUUAGUCUCUCUCUCUCUCUCUUUCUUUUUUUUAUUUGGUACCACGGAGCGCAAGUGACUGGCCGUGCAAGGCGUUCACAACUAAGUUGCUGUUGGCCCUGUCGGGACUUCGCUGGUGUGGAAUAGCAACAAAGGACGGGAGCGCGCAUUCAUGGGACGCGACUUUGACAGCUCUUCAUUUCUUGUCUUGUAACUUUAUUACCUGACACCUGGGACGAGAUUGUGACUGGAGCAGGAGAUAAUGGCCGAGGCUCCGCUCCCCGACACACUCCCGGACUUGGACGUGGUCAUCGACCCGGACUUCGAGCCCCAGAAGCGGCCCAGAUCUUGCACCUGGCCGCUGCCACGACCAGACUCAAACGCGGUGAAACCAGAAAACCAUGACACAGAUAUUAUACCCGAAGAAGAAGAUGAUGAUGAGGAUAACGCCACCCCUACAGCCAUCAGUGUCAAUGGCUCUGGCUUGGCGACAGAGGACCAGAGUAGCAACAGCCCCGUAGCCAAUGGAGCGCUCUCCUCCCCCGGCCAGGAGAGCGGAGGCUCCCCGCUUUCAGCGCACUCCCCGGUGGCCACCUCUGGCGCGCUGACUCCCAGCAGCUUGGCUGCCCAGCAGACCCCGAGGAAGGCGUCAUCUCGCCGUAACGCCUGGGGAAAUCUCUCCUACGCCGACCUGAUAACCAAAGCCAUUGAGAGCGCACCGGACAAGAGACUGACACUGUCUCAGAUUUAUGACUGGAUGGUGAGAUCCAUUCCUUACUUCAAAGACAAAGGAGACAGCAACAGCUCUGCAGGGUGGAAGAACUCCAUCCGGCACAACCUUUCCCUCCACAGCCGCUUCAUUCGUGUCCAGAAUGAGGGAACAGGGAAGAGUUCCUGGUGGAUGAUCAACCCAGAGGGAGGCAAGGGUGGAAAGGCUCCUCGCCGUCGUGCAGUCUCAAUGGACAACAGCAACAAGUACACCAAGUCUGCCCGAGGUCGCGCUGCCAAGAAGAAGGCCGCUCUGCAGGCUGCAGCUGCUGCAGCUGGUGAGGGUGGAGGAGACAGUCCUUCAGGUCUCUCCAAGUGGCCUGGAAGCCCAACAUCACGUAGCAGUGAGGACCUGGAUGCCUGGACAGACUUCCGCUCCCGCACUAAUUCCAAUGCCAGCACACUGAGCGGCCGUCUAUCGCCCAUUCUGGCCAACCCUGAGCUAGACGAGGUGCCCGAUGACGAGCCUCCUCUCUCGCCUAUGCUCUACUCCAGCCCUGGUAGAGCGCUGUCUCCUGGCAAUUCCACGACCAACGGGAAGUCUGCACCAGCUGAGCUGCCCCGCCUGGCAGACCUGGCAGGUACAAUGAACCUGAAUGAUGGACUCACAGAUGACCUGAUGGAUGAGUUGCUGGAUAACAUCAAUCUGGUGUCAACUGUUACAGGACAGGCCACUCCAAAUGGUUCCUCAGGGUUCAAUUUUGGGUCCAAACCCAAUGGGCUAGGCUCACCUUCCUCCAACUCCUCUCCCUCCUCCAAUUCUUCUCCUAAUGGUGGAGUUAAUGGUUUUGGUAACUCCAUCUUUGGCCCGCACACGCCUGGAUCUUCUCUGCGUCCGUCCCCCAUGCAGACCAUCCAAGAGAACAAGCAGACCUCUUUCUCCACCAUCAGCUUGUCCCGCUUUGGCAGUCAGACACUACAAGAUUUGCUCAACUCUGACAGCCACAGCGAUGUCAUGAUGACCCAGUCUGACCCACUGAUGUCACAGGCCAGCGCCGCAGCUGUCAUUUCCCAGAACUCUCGCCGUGGCCUAAUGCUCCGUAAUGAUCCCGUAAUGACCUUUGGGACCACAGGAGGACUUCAGGGCAGCCAAGGGGAGAUGCUGCAAAGUAACAACCACAACCAGAGCUCCCAGAGGUCUUUAAACGGAGGCCUGAACCUAGCCAACGAGGCUAACGCUCUGGCUAAUGCCAAGCAGCAGCUACUCCUCUCACCCUUGGGCGUAAAAGGAUCCUCUUCCAUGCAGAUCGACACCUCAAUCUUCCUGAAUGGAACCAUUAGCAGCAGUGGAGGGAUCUGUCAGGACCGUUUCCCCACAGAUCUGGACCUGGAUAUGUUCAACAGCAGCCUGGAGUGUGACAUGGACUCCAUCAUCAGGAACGAGCUGAUGGACGCAGAUGGACUGGACUUUAUCUUUGACCCUCUGGCCAACAUGAACGGAGUCGGCAACUUCACGAACACCAAGCAGACCUGGGUACCCAGCUGAGAGGGUCAGGCCAGGAAGGAGCAGAGCAGGUCUGAACUGUGUAGUGCAAGAGAAGAUCAGACACACAACAUCCUUUUUGCCAAACCUGCCAUCAGCACAACGUAAAAUACAAACCCUGUGUUUACAGAAGAAGACUUCCUCUCGAGAGCUUUACCUUCGCUCCCACACUGGUGAACCAUGAACAAUCCGACAGACUCUAGAGAUGCUGCACAUCAUCCCUCAAAGCCUCCUGUGAAACAACAACAAAAAGAUAUGUCAAACUCACAAAUCCUAGAAUUAUGCAAUUUUUCUUUGACACCCAGUCUGUUGAUAUCAAAGGGACACUGCUUAUCAGAAAGGGGUUUCAGGUGGAAUCCAAGAACUAAAUAUCAAACAAAGAUUGAAGGAGUGCACCGUGCAGUUGUUCCCGUUGAAGACAAAAAAAGACAGUUAAAAAAAAGAAGUGUAAAGUGAAAAAAAUCUAGAAGUGAUGUGGUGUAAAUCUGAUCCAGUGGUUUCCUGGGUUGUGUUAUGUUGAGAAAAAAAGUUCCCUCUGUUCUUACUUAGAGAUUUUAAAUGUUCAGUGUUUGUUUUUUGGAUUUUCUGUUUUAUCAUAAUUGUUUCUGCAUCAUACAGUACAUGUCUGUACAAAAUUAAUUGGUGUAUUGAUGAAAUGUAAAGAUGGAAAUGGAGUAUCUUACUCACUGAGUGGCCACGCAUACAGAACAUGUAAACACACAAACAGACAAACCCACACCUUGUCCCAGUUUGCAAAACUUUUCAGAACCCUUACAAGUUUCUCAUCUUCUUGCCAUGCACUUCCAAUUUUGUUCAUAUAAAUAGCUUGGAUUCAAUUCAACGCUGCACACUGAGGGUUUCAUUACAAUUAGCUGAAUAUUACAAAAAUAUUUGUUAUCUUUUGUGUAUAUCUAACUGUAAAAAAGAAAAGAAAAAGAAAAAAGACUAGAGGAAGAAAAUCUCUGUCAUGGAUAUUUGUACAGUGCAGGGCAGUGGAAAGUUCAAGGAGAGGGGGAAGAUCUUGUCUAUUCUUAGAUUUCUUAACUUCUGGUGAGUUCUGUCGAGGUCGUUUAUCACUGCAUAUGAUGUAGCCAAAAUGAAUACCUGUGUCCUAGGGUUGUGAACAUUUCCACACCAUAACAGGUGCUAUGUAAACAGUGUUGAAUCCUGCCCUGAGAGCAAGCCGUGCAUUUUGUGUGUUCGUUUUGUUUCUGGUUUUCUACCCACGACCUGCAGAAGCCCAAAGCUGCAGCCACUUGUAGCACGACGAAGUUUGAACCUGUAGACGGCAGGGGGCCUGAGGGACAGGUUUUUUUUUUUUUUUUUUAGGCUCAUUCCUCUAGAAGCCAUUUGGUUCUCGAGUAAAAACAAUAAGCUAUCUCUGUAUAUUGCCAAAUUACUUGAAACAAACAGUAGGAUAUGCUGGCAGCCAAAUCACAGCACAUACACACGCACACACAUAUACACACAUAGAUAGAAAAAAAAAAUAAUACCAGGGAUCUGUGUUAAGCUCUGUUGUUUUCUUGUCAUGAGCUUGUGGGGCUUGUUAUGCAUAUAUAGAAUCACUCAGGGGGGGAAAAGGGAGGCUUCCCGUUGAAGUAACAUCAAGUCACAUUCUAAUGGUAUUUUAACAUUUCUUGAUUAAAAAAAAAAAAAACAGUAAUGCUUUGUGUUCGUGAACUUGUAACCUGUGAACUUUUGGCCGUCAAGAUGAAGAGGAAGAAGGAAGAUAAACGUCAGGAUUAAGACUUCACACGGUCUGAUAUUUUUUUGGUUUUGCUGUCAUAGCUUUUUUUUUUUCCUCUUGUUGGACUUCUUGUGAUACCCCUACACACAUCCCCUCAUGGACACGACUGGUGCUCCUGCAGGUGACUUCCUGUAUCUCCUGAGUACAUGUUAAUGUGUGUAUGUGUGUAUCCGUAGAGUUUAUUUCUAAUGAAUUAAUCUCACGAGGAUGUGUAAAUCCCUCACUAUCCCUCAUGGUGCAUACAGCACAGCCGACUGUAUGCAUGUAUGUAUUUAUGCAUUAUGAAUUGUGUGAAAUGCAUAUAUACUCGCUGUAUGUCCUUAUAUACUCAUGUAGUACUUGACCCUUGGAUUUUGUGAUACCUCUGAAGGUAAGGAAGGUAGAGUUGAAGAAAUAAUGAACAACGUUACACGCCGGGAAGGAGGGAACACUGUUACCAGCAAUUUCAUUGUUGAACCAGAUUUUUUUUUAAUGGUGGAAAGCACCAUUGUUGUAGCAUCUGGAGACCCUGGUAUCCCUUCUUUGUGUAUGGAAGUGUAUGCCCAGCUGUGUAUAAUAGUGUACAGAUGUGUGUAUAUCACUUUGAGGCCAAGGCAGAGGAGUGUGUGUGCAUGGUUGGCUAGAAUGAUCUACUGUGCUAUCUGAGGUUUAGUGCAUGACCUAGCUGUACCCCCCUCAACCCCUUCCAAUGGUGCCGUCCUGCGACAGAAAUUGUAACACAGAGAGGAACCCUGUGUCUUUAGCACUCAAACACACACUUUCUAUUUUUAAAAUCAGGGCUUACAGUGCAGCAUUUGCACCAUCCUCCCAUAUUAAUGGGGUUAUUAUUAUUACGAGUGUGUGUACAUGGACGCAGACACAGGGUAAAGCCUCUUUAACGGACGUUCCUCAGCUUCACACUCGUUUUAUUCCACGUGGAGUACAGUAGGUUCACGUCCCGGUGCUCUCAGUGAGCGCUUGGUUAUAACGUCGACGUGGUUAAAGCGUCAUCUGACAACGAGCUGGAAAAAUUUCUUCACCAUGUCACAUUUAAAGCAUUAUUACGUCUUUUGGCAGGGGGAAUCCUGAGCCAUCGCCUGAACUGCUAAAAGCAUUUAAAUUUGUUCACGCUGACUGUACUUACUGAAUAUUUUGAGCAUUUUAACUCCUCCUGUGAAGAAGACGGACAAGGUGAAUCCAGGGAACCCUGUAAUCCUUCCUAUUUAAAGAGGGGUUAUGGAUCCUUGAUAAACUGCUAAUCUCAAUCGCAGGAAGGUGUUCCUUACAUUUUGUACAUUUAGUGUAAAAUGUUUUGGCUAUUCGGGGAGAUAGUUUACACUUAGUCAUAGUGGAGCAGGCAUUCCACACAACCACUCAGUGCUACUGCUUCAAUUUAGGCACAGAUUAUCUCUUCUUGUGCCCAACACACACACACACACACACACACACACACACACACACGAACACAUACCUGCAGCACAACGUGCAAAUUUAAAGCUAAGAGAGGCAAAAAAACAAAAAAAAAAAGAA